AUUUUCUUCUUGCUUUUUAAUAAUUUGUUUAAAGACAGUUGACCUAAUUUCUCUUUAUUUAUAAUCUAAACAUCUGAUUUCUGAUAAUUUUAUGUUAGAUAUACACAAUCUAUGUAAAGAUUUACAGAGAGAAACAAAAGCUAACCAUUUUCUGGAGGAAACUAAUCGAGAAUGGGGAAUUCUUUUCGGUGCUCAGCUUCAGGGGAGAGGCUGGUAUCAGCGGCCAGAGAUGGAGAUUUUGUAGAAGCAAGGAUGUUGUUGGAUUACAAUCCAUGCCUUGCAAAAUACUCAACUUUUGGUGGAUUAAACUCUCCCCUUCACUUUGCUGCUGCUAAAGGCCACAGUGAGAUUGUGGGGCUGUUGCUGGAGAAUGGAGCUGACGUGAAUUCAAGAAAUUACUGUGGACAGACAGCAUUGAUGCAAGCAUGCCGAUACGGCCACUGGGAAGUUGUUCAGACUCUUCUUAUCUUUAGAUGCAAUGUUACAAGAGCAGAUUAUCUUAGCGGAAGGACCGCUCUCCAUUUUGCGGCAGUGAAUGGACACGUGAGAUGUAUAAGGUUAGCAGUUGCUGAUUUUGUUCCAAGUGCUCCAUUUGAAUCUGUGAAUGCUCGAACAAAUGGUGAUAUUUCGAAUACUAAAAGCAAGCAUGAUCAGAGUGCUCUCUCCAAGUUUGUAAAUAAAGCUGCCGAUGGAGGUAUUACUGCUCUUCAUAUGGCUGCAUUGAACGGAUACUUUGACUGUGUACAGCUCCUACUGGAUCUUCAUGCUGACGUGUCAACUGUGACAUUCCGUUAUGGAACAUCAAUGGAUUUGAUAGGAGCAGGAAGCACUCCUUUGCACUAUGCUGUUUGUGGGGGAAAUUUAAAGUGUUGCCAGAUUCUUCUUGCAAGAGGCGCCAGUCGUUUGGCCUUAAACUGCAGCGGAUGGCUUCCUCUUGACAUUGCAAGGAUGUGUGGGCGUCAUUGGCUUGAGCCACUGCUGUCACCUAAUUCUGAAUUGACAAUCCCGGUGUUUCCACAUUCCAAUUAUUUGUCACUGCCGCUCAUGAGUGUGCUUAAUAUAUCAAGAGAAUAUGGGUUGCACUCCUCAACAACCACUUCUGAUGAAGCUGACGUUUGUGCUGUUUGCCUGGAGAGAGCAUGCACAGUAGCCGCCGAAGGUUGCGGCCAUGAAUUAUGUGUAAGAUGUGCACUCUACAUUUGUUUGACAAGUAAUAUCACUGCCGAAUUGUUAGUUCCACCUGGCUCGAUUCCUUGUCCUCUUUGCCGACAUGGAAUUGUCACAUUUGUGAAAUUGCCUGGUUCCUCAAUAAAAGAAAUUAAAUUACCCCCAUCACUUAGCCUGUGCACGCCAUGUAUGCUUCACCAUCGAGAACAAGACAGAUCUGAGUCUGUUGGUUCACCUGACGUAAGGAAGACUCGCUCAAAUUCUGCUUCUUCAGAUAUUCUAUGCCCCUUGACUUGUAGCCCGUUUGCUUCUGUAACAAUCCCAUUAUGCACCUGCAACCAUGGACAUUGUCCAAAUUUUGAUUCCAGAGAGAGUGAUAAUCAAGAAGCAUCUCCUCGUCGUGCAGAGUCUACAUCAAAUGAACAGGAAAAACUGGAUGGAAUGAGACUGGGCAAAACUACAUGUUCGAGUAUGUUUUGGAGUAGAAGAAGCUAUAGCAGAGAGCAUCAGUGUAAUGCUGAAAUAGGCAUGCGAAUGGCUUAGUUCCAGGCCACUGAUUAUAGAAGCUGGAAUGAUUCACUUCUGUUUGCUGCUGCUUUUUCAUUUUUCCUCCGGGCUCCAGUGACAAUCAGGUUUGGGAUUAUUACAUGUUUUACAUUUUUUUAAGGUUGCUUAGGAUGUAGAGCUUGUAAAAAUUUAUAGGCUGUGGAAAUGACAAAUUAUAGUGCAAUUUCACUAGUUCUGGCAUUUUUUCUUCACCUUGAUUUAAUGAAAUACGAAUUAUUCAUAUAGGAACCCCUUUUGCUUAUA